AUGCUGCUGUGGGUGACAACAUUGGCUACAUCACCUUUAUGCUGUUCCCUCAACACACCAAUGCCAGCGCUCCAGACAACACCAUCAACUGAUGCACAAGUUCCGGGCCUACCUGUACUACUACAUCAAGUGCCUAAGGCCUGCAUUCACACACAUACACGGGCAAAAACAUCUGGCUUCCUUAAGGUGCUGAGCCAUACACACCCAGAUGCUGAGAUGAUAGAAACAAAAACAAUCUCAGGGAAGACAUUUUCAUCCCACUGA